AUGGCGUCUAAACCGACAAUCGGCUUCGCUGGCCUGGGAGCCAUGGGAGGUGGAAUGGCCAUUAAUCUAGUAAAAAACGGAUUCACCGUCUACGGAUUCGACGUCUACCAGCCCUUAGUCGACAAGUUUGUCGAAGCCGGUGGCAAGCCAGCAAAAACUCCCAAGGAAGCAGCUUCCCAAGUCGACUUCUUCGUCUCGAUGGUGGCCAACGGUGCACAGAACGCAGGCCUUCUAUUCGAAGGCGACGACGCGGUCAUACAUGGACUGGGGAAAGGCAAGACGUUCAUCCUCUGCUCGACCACACCGACGACGUUCCCGCAUGAGAUCAGACAGAGGCUGGAUGAGGCUGGUCGAUCGGACGUCAAAUUCUUGGAUUGUCCGGUUUCUGGCGGCACGAUUCGAGCUGCGAAUGGGACGUUAUCGAUCUUCUCAUCCGGUCCUGACGCGGAUCUGGAUGCUGCCAAAGACGUGCUCGAGUGCAUGUCUGGUAAUCUCUACCGCAUGGGAGGCAUCAGCGACGGAACGAAGACGAAGACUAUCCAUCAGCUUCUGGCAGCAACUAAUAUUAUUUCCGCAUCCGAAGCCAUGGGCCUCGCCGCCACUGUUGGACUCAACACGCAAUCUGUUAUGGAGCACGUUAACCAGUCAGACGCCGCGAGCUUCAUGUUCGAAAACAGAGCACCACACAUGAUCAAAGACGACUGGUCUGCUUUAUCCGCACUUGGCAUCAUUCUUAAGGACACAACCAUCGUUACAGACGCCGCACGAGAAGCACAGUUCCCGGCUGCCCUAGCAAAUACAGCUCACUACACCUACCUCCAAGGCGUCCACGCCGGCUUGCUCAAGGAAGACGACGCCAAGCUAGUCCAGCUCUACAUCCCCAAAUCCCAAGGCGACCUAGUAUCCCAAAUGUCCAAGGCGGACGUCAAUAUGUCCGCCUCCCACAAGGUGUCCCGCGACACCAUCGUCGACCUCCUCUCCGGCAUCCACCUCGCCGCCUCGAUCGAAGGAAUGGCUUUCUGCAAAGCCCUCGGUCAGGACAGGAAGAUCAUGUACGAGAUCAUCUCGAAAGCGGCGGGCUGGAAUGCCAUGUUUACGAAGUGUAUGCCGGCUAUGCUGGAGAAGGAUAGCUGGAGUUUAGAGGACUGUACGGAGGCGGCGGAGGUUGGGAAGAAGCUGUCUGAGGCCGUGGAGAAGUGUCGGGUGAUUCAGUUUCCGUGUCCGAUGGCGAGUGCGGCGCUGGUGCAGUAUGGGUUCGCUGCGUUGGCGGGGAAGACUAUUGAGAAUCAGGGGCGUGGUGGGAGAAGGCUGCUGCUUGCACUGCUGGUGUUUAUGGUGACCAUGAUCAAAGAAUUCACCGUAGAGUUUGGGAUGGCGGUGGAGGGCUUGGAUUACACUGAAUAG